UCGCAUCGGCGAGGAACGGCCGCACGAUUUCAGUUUACGUCUAACGUCUUCAGUGUCAAGGUCUCUUGGAUCUUUCUCCGUCACUGGAGAGCGGAAGAAACGGUUUGGUGGGUUUGUGAGCAGGAGAAAGAGUGCGCCGGAGCCAAGCGGAAGGUAGUUUUGCAGUUCCAGUUCCAGUUUCAGUUUGAAGUUCCAAUUGGAGUGUUGGACCUCGGACCAAGGUCUGGUUGGAACCGUUGUUGUUUGGAAUUCAGACCGCCGACCGAGUGGAUGUUCUUGAACUUGACUCUUGAAGAGUUUGGUGUAUUUUCUGAGAGCAAUCGGUUGAACUUUGGUUAAAAGUGAUCUUGAGUACAACCGAGGCGUGUGAUUUGUUGUGCUAACGAUUUAGACCGUACACCUGUUGGUUGAAGAGCCCGUUUAAGCAUUAAUUGAAGACGGUCGCGGUGGAGUCAAGUGCCUGUGCAGAUUGUCUUUUGGCUGACCUUCCUGUGCUCCUGUGAGGUGAACUGCGAAUUGAAGUUCAAAGUAUUUGCAUAUCGCAAUUUCCGAGCCCGCUGACGUUACCCGGUCUUCGGUGUGCGCCACGACCGACCAGAGGAGUACGAGCGGCAGCUGCUGCCACAAUAGCGAGGAAGCAGCACUACUUCAACAUCAACAAAGUGAAGAAGUCUCUAGCCGAUACAUGACCGCCUGUCCACCGUCCAUCGGCCGUCAGCAGUGUGUUGUCGGUGGUCAUCCGCGCUGUCAGUACCUGCGGUAGUGAAAUUGAACGAUCCACACGCAACAACAGCCAAGCAUUGCUUUUGGGGUAAGAAUUUGUGAACAAGACAGGUGUGCCCGCGCAUGAACGUCUGAGUGCUGCACGCAAAGUGGAGUGAGAGCAAAAAAGUGAAAUUAUUAUAAUGACGGUGAUGUUGGCCAAACAUAAGUGUCAUCGAGAGGAAACGGAAAGAGUUAUGUGCCUUUGAAACGGGAAAGGAAAUAAAGUGUAAAUAUUUCUGAUUCGUCGGUGGUGAACUCUCAGCAACUCCGUGACUGCGACAACGAUCGUUUAGUAAUAACGUGUGACUACGCUCUCACGGUUUCGAAGCGACCGAAACUUGGCCCUCAAUAGUGCUCAGGAUGUUGUAGGAAACCGUGACCUCCUCAUAACAAUAUCAAGUGCCUCUGGGAAGAAGAAAGUGUUGUAAACGAAGCAGUAAUCGAUUAGAUGCCAGUGUGCGGUGACUUGAAGUCGGGUUAUUGCGAAGAACCAGUUCAUAAUGAUACCGAUUUGUGCUAACGAUUGUGCCAGUUAUAGUCGUAGUGCCGCCUUCCAUCGUCAGCCAGAUUCCUCCGGACUAGCCCCGCAACAUUAGCAGCAACAGGUCGUGGUCUUUCAUUCCAGCUUAAAAACAGCCAUCAGCAACAUCCGUGCUAGAAAAGAAAAUCGAUCGAUUUCCUGUCGUCGCAAUUUCUCUUUAAUCGCCAACCGCGAGAAGUUUAAACAGCAGAUAACACGGGUCAACAGAGUUUUAAAUCUCAGUAAGUGUAAAAGUGAAUAAUAAUAUUAACAGAAAUAGGCCCCAAGCCUUUCAACUGCAAGACCGGGAUUGCUGCCGGCUCUGCCAUCCACCUGUCCGGGUUCGCGUUUUCUAGUUUUCCAUCCGCUUUAUGGCGUAGCCACCGCGUCAAAAUAAAAGUGGAACACUGCCGCGAAAGAUUAGCGUCCCGGUCAGCUUCUCCAGCUCAAAGCAUCCGGUGCUGUCUAACCGUCGGAAAUCUAACGGAUCAACCGGAGCGCAUCGAAGAACCAAAUCUCCGACAAGCAGAGGGAGGGAAUAGUGCGCGACACGCGGUGUGGAACUUUGAGAUAGUGCAGGCAUGCAAAUCCGUCGUCCGGUGUGACUAAUCAAGUUCGAGAUCGAGUUCGGUGCCGUCGUAGCCUCAGCGUUUAUUAUCGUUUGCUGCGUGACAGGCCGUUUGCACAGGAAGAUCACAAAUCGUCUCUGUCAAAGUCAGGUUGAAGACGUGCCGUCAAGAUGUCCAGUAAGCCGCGUCGAGGGACAGUCAGAUGGAGCCAUCAACGACCUGCCAGCAGUUCUUCCUGCACAACACACGCCUUGCUCCUCACCUCCUUGACUGUGUUCCUCAGCAACCUGCUCAGUGCCGCCAGUGGGAAUCCACUGCACCCAUUUAGCUCAUCAUUAAUCAGUCGAAAUCUGCGGCAUCUACCAUGCGUGGUGCGGAGUUCGGGCGCGGAAGGCGUAUGCAUGUUUGCCAUCGAUUGCUUCAAAGCCAACGGCACCCAUCUCGGUGUCUGCAUAGACAAAAUAUUCUUCGGAUCUUGCUGCCAAGUUCACGAUGAUACUCUGUUGUUCAAAAACGAAAUUACGGACAACAGCAUAGACAAUAACCAUUCUGGUUCACACUACCAACACUUUCCAACUGUGAUCGAUAUGAAUAAGAAACCUCCACUAACGGAAACGAUACUGCCAACGACUGGAAAACCAAACAACACUACCAAAUACGAACUGAUAAGCACUUCAUCGACAACUACCCGCCGAACGACUACGAAGUUUAGUCGAAGAAACACUACAGCAACAGCUACGACUGUAAAACUAGAUCAGAAGGAUGAUGUACCUUCUACGACUGAGUAUCAAGAAUUUUCCACCUUCCAAUACGUUCAAAGCAGUAAAAAUCCGACUCCCGGUUCGACAGAGACAACUCGCCGAACGACAACUACCAGGAGGACUCCACCAAGAAAUACGACCAAACCGUAUAAAACUAGAAGACCAACUCCCAAUAGAAAUACAACCAGAAGGCCCACUACGCAAACUACAACUUCUAAAUCUGUAAUAACAACCUUCCCGGAAACUAAGCGGAACGUAACCACGUGGACAACGGUUACAAGAAUACCGGUCACGUCUGCUGAUUUGAUUACAACUUCAUCUCACCAACCAACUACCGCUAGUUCAACGACAAUAAGGCGAACAACGACGCAGACGAAAAAGCCAACCACUUCGUUUCAAAUUUCCGAUGACUCGACUUACAUAAUUCCUUCGCGAAGACCUCCUUCAAUUCAACCGCUAACACGACCUACCGUUCGACGAAGACCUACAACGAGUCCCACAACUGUAGUCGAACCCGAUACUACCAAAGCACCUCGACCCCGUCCAAGACCAACUGCAGAGAUUGCAACUGUACCCGCGACAUCUCUCGAACAUCUUAUUGAAGACCUGCUCACAUCUACCGGUCAGGAUAUCACUACAAUUGAAACCUCUACUAGCCCUACCAUAAAAGAAACUCGGGAAAAACCAUCCACGACUCCUCAGACGACAUCGACACAACGAAGAACAACCACGACGGCCAGCACAACUCAAUCGACAACACCAUCGACAACACCAUCAACAACUGAAACAUCUCCUAUAACGACUACCAAAACAUCUACGUCUACGAUUACGACAACAACCCCUGUUCGGACCACGGCCAGCACGACGACAACAACUACAACGACCACAACGACCACGACUGAACCUCCGACAACGACGACAACCCGAACGACGAAGACUACACCUGCAGGACGAAUAACACCACCAGCUGACGCUGACUAUCAACCAGAAACCUCGCAAACCGAAGGUUCGCUGGAUGAAACUACCGGAGCUGCCGGUUUGGUUACCUGGUCCAGCAUCGUAGACGAGCCUUCUAGCAGUGAAAAAAUCCCCUCCGAUUCAGUGCCAACAGGUCCCACUACGUCCAAUAGUUGGAUACUGAUUCACACAUUAACCCCGGAAGAGGUGCUCGGCGCCAAUCAGACUAACAAUCACAGUUCACUCACUCAACCCUCAUCGCCAUCCGCAUCGUUAAUCGACCUCGUGGAUCCGGAUCUCUCGCCGGACAUCAUUCUACCUCCACUCGAUCCGCUGCUUCCCGAAGCGGCCUAUAUCUACACCAUUCAUGACGAAACUAAUCAAACACAAUCCGGCGAUCUCAUCCCUCAUUCGCAACUUGCUUCUUCGCACACCACAGAGGAUAGUCCAUCAGCUUCUACAUCUAGCAAAUCCGAAGAAAUCACUAUUAGCAAUAUUGAGGCUGUUAGUAGUACGCUUGAAACAACUACCCCGAGCAAGACUACAGCCGUUAGUGCCACUACCAGCACUGCUGGUAGCCCAAGCACUUUAACCACUGAGAAAGAGACAAUUGCAACGACCCCAACAGUGCCGACAACUCCAGCGCUUAUUACAACAACCACCACGUCGACCAGUGAACGAACUACUCCGAGUGUCAGUGCGGCUGCUACUGUUUCAACCAGUAGCAGUACGGUAGCUGACACCACCCCAUCGCAUGUUACUAGUAGUUCAACCUCAGAAUCAUAUCCCAACUCUUUAGAUCCAACAAGCAUGGUGCUCACCACUACCACUACUACUACUACAGAACAGGAGAUGUCACCGGCAACCACAACGACGAUCUCUCCAGAGAUUCUCAUUGAAAUAUUCAGUCCAACAACGAGUUCACCCAAAGUGCCGUCUACCACACUGGCCUCUUCUACCGUUGAGCCAUCCACCAUUGAAACCAUUACGGAUUCCACUACCGAAGAGUCCGGUUCUGAGGAAGGAAGUGGUAGCGAAGAAGAAUCCGGCGAAGAAGAAAGCUCCAGCUAUGAAAGCUACGAAUCCACUUCGGAACCGACCGGUUCAACCGUUACCGAUGCGAGCAGGUACCCCAACUCGACAUUAUCCAGCAGUUCACCGAGCAGCAGUUCCAGCACAGCCGCCGAAAGUACAACCGUCACCAGCACAACAACCCUCAACAUCACCAGCUCGCUGCAAUCGAUAGCGUCGAUGUUCAACAUCAGCACCAGUACCGGGAUGCCGGUGCGGUUCCCGGCAGACAAUGUCACCUCGGCCACUCCGGAUCGAGUCACGAUGUCGUCCGACUUCUCCACCUCCUCGCCCAGUUCGCUGCUCGAGGGCAUCGAUUAUCGUGCCGUGUGCGGUAAGCGAAUGUUCCCGGAGCCUCGAAUCGUCGGUGGAACGAAGGCGGCCUUUGGGCGGUGGCCGUGGCAAAUUUCGCUGCGUCAGUGGCGAACAUCGACCUACCUGCACAAGUGUGGCGCCGCUCUGCUGAACGAGAACUGGGCCAUCACGGCGGCUCACUGCGUGGAUAACGUUCCACCAUCGGACCUGCUGCUGCGGCUGGGCGAGUACGAUUUGGCCCUGGAAGAGGAACCCUACGGCUACCAGGAGCGACGUGUGCAGAUUGUGGCCUCCCACCCGCAGUUCGACCCGCGAACGUUCGAAUAUGAUCUGGCCCUGCUGAGGUUCUACGAGCCAGUGGUAUUCCAGCCGAACAUUAUUCCGGUUUGCGUGCCAGAAAGCGACGAGAACUUCAUCGGACGAACGGCCUUCGUCACCGGGUGGGGUCGCCUGUAUGAAGAUGGACCAUUGCCAAGUGUUCUGCAGGAGGUGACGGUUCCCGUGAUCGAAAACAAGAUCUGUGAGACAAUGUACCGAAGUGCGGGCUACAUCGAGCACAUUCCACAUAUCUUUAUUUGUGCCGGUUGGAAAAAGGGAGGAUACGAUUCCUGUGAAGGUGACUCUGGUGGACCGAUGGUGAUCCAGCGACCGGACAAACGCUUCCUCCUAGCUGGUGUCAUAUCGUGGGGUAUCGGUUGUGCGGAACCAAACCAACCCGGUGUCUACACGAGGAUAUCGGAGUUCCGGGACUGGAUCAAUCAGAUUUUGCAAUUCUAAGCGACUGACGGGAAAAGAAUUAAACGUACAAGGGAAAAUCAGUUGCAUUUCGUUCCCAGUGGUUCAGAUGCUUCUUCCGGAUACUCCGAACAAGUAAGAACCACGACAGCUGGGAUCAACGAACGCAGUGUUCAGUAUUCACGAUGAGAAAUUGGCGCAACGAUGGUAGUACGAAGCGGAACAGAAUCCAAGAAUUUGUUCCUUCAUUGUUGAUUUGUUAUUAGUUGGCUAAUGAGGGUAAGCGAAAUGCAUUGAUCUGUCGAUGGAAUCGAAUUUUACAACUGAUUUCACACUCGGUUGGUGGAGAAUUUUAUCGAUAGAUCGAUAAAUAUACAACCACAUCUAGGGGAAACAUUUUAGCACAAGAAAAAUCGCUCAAAGCAACAACCAGUGAACGAAAACACCUCAAAAGUAUCAAGAAACUGUACUCGUUAUAUUUUGUUUUAAUUGGAGAAAUUGAAGGGGAUAGAAGUUUUAAACUACGGAAAAAAAACCAUUCGUGACUUACGUAGCGCGAGAUGAAUUUGAUAUUCGGAUAUUGACAUGCGUGAAUGAUUGGAGUGAUUACGUUUCGGAAUGUGCAUCGUACUUUUAGACAAUCUUAUCUUAGUUGUGAUAUUUGGUUGUGAAUGUGAGUUUAGAAUGAUUUGUUGAAACAAUGCAAUCGAAGGUUGCUCGAGAGUGUGAGGGUUUGUUAGAAAUUAGAAUAACAAAAUUAUUUAUUUAUUUAUAUUUAUAAUUAAAUCGAACUAAACGCAAAUCGUCAAGCAUUUUCCUUAGGUCAACAAAGCUAUUCCCAAACUAGGAUUUUCACGAUGAUAGUGAAAACAAUUAUUUGCUGACAAGGAAUGGGUAGACGAAUGGCGUUGAACUGAAGAAGAAACAAGAUGGAAAUGAGUGAUGCGAAUAUUGUUUGUAAAUACGUAUUUGUUAAGGAUUAAAAAUGAUGGAAACAUAUUUAAAAUUUGUACAAUAUUUAUGAGAAUAAAUUUUAUUUUUAAUUGUCA